GGGCGCGGCUUCGCGGAUCCCCGCGGCCGCCAGGUCUUGGGGACCCGGUCACCCGCGCCCGAGAGGAGCCGCCGCAGCCCGGGCACCAUGAACAGCAGCAGCGCCAACAUCACCUACGCCAGUCGCAAGCGGCGGAAGCCAGUGCAGAAAACUGUCAAGCCAAUCCCAGCUGAAGGAAUCAAAUCAAAUCCUUCCAAGCGACAUAGAGACCGACUUAAUACAGAGCUGGACCGAUUGGCUAGCCUGUUGCCUUUUCCGCAAGAUGUUAUUAAUAAGCUGGACAAACUCUCCGUUCUUAGACUCAGUGUCAGUUACCUGAGGGCCAAGAGCUUCUUUGAUGUUGCAUUAAAAUCCCCUCCACCUGACAGAAACGGUGUCCAGGAUAACUGUCAAACAAAAUUGGGGGAAGACCUGAUCUUACAAGAAGGAGAAUUCUUAUUACAGGCUUUGAAUGGUUUUGUAUUGGUUGUCACUACAGAUGCUUUGGUAUUUUAUGCAUCUUCUACUAUACAGGAUUACCUGGGGUUUCAGCAGUCUGAUGUUAUACAUCAGAGUGUAUAUGAACUUAUUCAUACUGAAGACAGAGCUGAGUUUCAGCGUCAGCUACAUUGGUCAUUAAACCCUUCACAGUGUACAGACUCUGGACAAAGAAUUGAUGAAGGUAGUGGUCUCUCACAGCCAGCAGUCUACUUUAAUCCAGAGCAGCUUCCUCCAGAAAACUCAUCUUUUAUGGAGAGGUGCUUCAUAUGCCGGCUAAGGUGUCUGCUGGAUAAUUCAUCUGGUUUUCUGGCAAUGAACUUCCAGGGGAGGCUAAAGUAUCUUCAUGGACAGAACAAAAAAGGAAAAGAUGGAUCAGUGCUACCACCUCAAUUAGCUUUGUUUGCAAUAGCUACUCCACUUCAGCCACCAUCCAUACUGGAAAUCCGAACCAAAAAUUUCAUCUUUAGAACCAAACACAAACUAGACUUUACACCUACUGGUUGUGAUGCCAAAGGAACACUUGUCUUGGGUUACACUGAAGCUGAGCUGUGCAUGAGAGGAUCAGGAUACCAAUUUAUUCACGCUGCUGAUAUGCUUUAUUGUGCUGAUUACCAUAUCCGGAUGAUUAAAACUGGAGAAAGUGGCAUGACAGUGUUCCGGCUUCUCACCAAACACAAUCGAUGGACGUGGGUACAGUCUAAUGCUCGCUUAGUUUAUAAAAAUGGAAGACCUGACUAUAUCAUUGCGACACAGAGACCUCUGACAGAUGAAGAAGGAACAGAGCAUUUACGAAAACGAAAUAUGAAGCUGCCUUUUAUGUUUGCCACUGGAGAAGCUGUGUUGUAUGAGUUAACCAGCCCUUUUCCUGUCAUGAUGGAGCCCCUAAGGUCAAAAAAUGGUGCUAGAAGAGAUUCUGCUACCAAAUCAACUCUAAAUAAGGACUCUCUCAAUCCCAAUUCCCUCUUUGCUUCCAUGAUGCAACAAGAUGAAUCUAUUUAUCUCUACCCUACUUCAAGUAAUGCACCUUUUGAAAGAAGUUUUUUUAAUGAAUCUAUGAAUGAACAUAGUAUUGAACCAAAAGGAAAUGGUAGUAUCCUGAAACAUGAGCAAAUCGGUCAGUCUCAGGAAAUGAACCCAACACACUCUGAAGGUCAUGCCGGGCUUUUUCAAGAUAAUAAAAACAGUGACUUGUAUAACAUUAUGAAACACCUAGGCAUUGAUUUUGAAGAUAUCAAGCACAUGCAAGAGAAUGAAGAAUUUUUCAGACCUGACUUUUCUAGUGAGGAUGAUUUCAGAAACAUUGAGGUAGAUGAAAUCCUGACAUACGUCCAAGAUUCCUUAAAUAAGUCUACCUUUGUGGGUCCGGGUUACCAACAGCAACAGUCCAUGGUUCUGAACUCAAGUUGCAUGGUACAAGAGCACUUACAGGCGGAGCAAAAGCAGGUAGCAGUGGAGCAGCAGCAAUUAUGUCAGAAAAUGAAACAUAUGCAAGUUAAUGGCAUGUUUACAAAUUGGAACUCAAACCAAUCUGUGCCUUUUGGUUGUUCUCAGCAAGACCUACAACAGUAUAAUGUCUUUUCAGAAUUAUCUGGGGCCAAUCAAGAGUUUCCAUACAAAUCUGAGAUUGAUACUAUGCCUUAUACACAGAACUUUAUUCCCUAUAAUCAGCCCGUGUUAUCACAGCAUUCCAAGGGUACACAGUUAGACUUUCCCGUAGGGAAUUUUGAACCAUCUCCCUACCCUACCACUAAUUUAGAAGAUUUUGUCACAUGUUUACAAGUUCCUGAAAACCGAAAGCAUGAACUAAAUCCACAGGCAACUGUGAUAACGCCUCAGACAUGUUAUGCCGGAGCUGUGUCAAUGUAUCAGUGCCAGUCAGAACCUCAGCACGGCCAUGUGGCUCAGAUGCAGUACAAUCCAGCCAUGCCUGGCCCACAGGCAUUUUUAAACAAGUUUCAGAAUGGAAGCGUUUUAAAUGAAACCUACCCAGCUGAAUUAAAUAACCCUCAGUCUACCCCACAUCUUCAACCCCUUCAUCAUCCUUCAGAAGCUAGACCUUUCCCUGAUUUGACAUCCAGUGGAUUCCUGUAACACACGGAGCCCAGUUUUAACCCUGGUCUUCAGUAAGUUAGUUUGCUAAAGAUUAAAGAGUAAUGGAACUGUCUAUGUCGGGCAUCAGCAAGUUCAUGAGGAGGCAAAGACAUUCGUGAUGUUAUUCUAAAUGCAAUUUCAAUGUUUUUACAAGAGGACGUUUAAGUAUAUGUCUUUUUGAGAAUUUUAGUCAUCCAAACAGCAGUGCUGUCAGAGGAGAGAGAGACUGUGUACAUUUCACAUCAUGCUAAUAAACACCACAACACAGACACAGCUUAUUCAGGGCAACUUUAGAACGCUCAAGUAAGAGAAUUUUCUGUUGGAAUUAUUUGUCAGAGUAAAAACUUGCCUUUUGAACUUCUAUCUCAGAUUAAGUGGCUUGGUGCUUAUGUAAAAAAAAUAAUAUCCUUGCUUUCCUCCAUUGUUAAGUGCCUGCCUCACAAUUUCUAUGUAUUACAUACACUGCAGGAUGUAUAUUUUACGUAAAAUAUAUUCCUUUUAAAUUAAUAACAUUCUGUGCACAAAUUUUUUUCUUACAUUCAUUUUUAUUAACCCAGGCAUGUUUUAACUGCACUACUCACCCACUUUCUUCAGGUAAAGGACAAGUAAUAAUCAAAAAGAUAUUUAUUACAUAAUCUAGCUGUUAGAUUUUCAAUGUUGCUAUGUGCCUUAUGUUGAAAAAAUGUGUAAGUAAAUUGUCUUUCUCAAUUUUCAAGACAGCAGCGCAAAAUUAAGUUUUUAAAAGAAAGGAAUAUACCAUCCAUUGAUCUUUACUAAAAACUCCAGCAUGAUAGUUCAAUGUGGUACAAAAAAAUCUGGUGUUAAAUGCAACCAUGUUUAUCAGUUUGCAUUGAAAAUAACCAUUUCAAUGUGUAUAAAUUCUUUUAAAUCAUUUUAGAUCUAAAGCAGAUUUUCGAUAUACUGUUAACUAUAAAUUUCACUUAGUACAGUGGAAGCUAUUUGUUUUUCUCAUAUUUGAGGAGUUUUAAGAUUGAUAAUAGCAAUGUCUGGUGCAAAGUAUUGAGUUAAAUGAAUGGUGCAUUGUGUAGUUUAUAAUGAACAAAUUAUUUGUAAAAUAUUUUCAAUCUUUCAUUUAAAAAUAUUUGCACAUAAUUUGCGUUUUACAUAUUUUAUCACUGUCUUUUUAAGAUACCAGAAAAUGAUUUCAAUUGCUUCUCAGCUGGUGUGAGAAAAAGACUUAGCUUAUUUUCAAACAUUAGGCUGUUUCUGUGCUAUGACCUUUCUUAUUGGUAAGGCUAAUAAUCAUCCUAACUUUACUGUCCUCAGGUAAUUUAAGAGUGCCACCAUUCUUUUAGUCAAAUAUGAUAUGAUGGAAUCCUGACCUAAGAUUACUAUUAAAAUGUUUUUUUUUUUUCAUUUUCUUUUUCCAGUAAAUAAUGUAAAUAAAAGUGGCUUUGACAAAGUGUCAUUUCUAUGUAUAUCCAGUCAAAACUUUCAAUCUAUAGAAUCAAUUUAAGUGUUGAAAUAAAUUUGUCUAAAACAUUUCAUGUGUUUCCAAAAUGAGGUAGUCACUGAAAGAUUUAAGAUCAGUGCUCUAGAUUAAUGAUCCAUUUAAACCUUUUUUUUUUUUUAAGAAGUCUUCAUAAACCAUUUUUGUUUGUUAGUUUCUCUCACAUAGUUUCACAUAUUUGGGUGAAUUAUUUUAGGCUUUUGUAAAUUGUGAAGAUAAUGACAAUUCUAUAUACAAAAGUAAAAUUUUUAAAGCAAUAUUGUAUAUUUUUAUCUAUAUAAUUAAAAUUUACCUAAGAACAAUAAAAUCACAUUAAACCAAAUAUACCUUUGUCUGUAUUGCUAAGUGCCAAAUACUGAAGGCCUUGUGUGCUGUUAUAUUGAGGGGCUUAUUUUUACAUGGUGUGCACUUCCAAGGAUAUGUCUUAUUCAAGCUCUUCCUAUCCCAGAUUGUUCUUUACCUGAAGAUUUACCAGUGUCCUAAUGUAUUAUGAAACUUUGGAUCAUUGCUAUGCACAACUAGUGUUUUCAGUAUUACUAUACUUGAGAUAAAUGUUUUCAUGGGUUUUUUCUUCAAUAUGUUACUGCUUACAUAUACCAUGCAUACAUUUUGUUUAAAAUAAUUUAUAUCCUUAUAAAACCAAACUGUAUACAUGUAUGGUAAUAAAGUAAUCACCAAGUAUGAAUAACAUGUUAAUGUAAAUUUUUUU